UAGUACAAGCUUGGCAAACAGGGUUUAAGAGAGGUUUUAGGGUUUCUUCUGCACUAGUUCUUUUCUUCUUCUUCCUUUUGUUCACAAAAUCAGAAAAAAAUGAGAGGAAUACAGUUAUCUUUCAGCAACACCCAAAAGCUUAGAUUAGAAAAAGCAUUAGCGCAAUUGGGAUCCUUUUCUUCGAAGCUUAAUUCCAAUGCCACUGUCAUUGUUGCAGACAAAAUUCCAGUCGACGAAGAUGCUGCCCUCAAAGGACAUGGGACGUUGGAGAUGGGCAAUGAUGUUGUUGCAAGUGUAUGUGGAGUGGUUGAGCGGGUGAAUAAGCUUGUUUAUGUUAGACCUUUAAGGGCCAGGUAUAAGCCGGAGAUUGGUGAUAUUAUAGUCGGCCGCGUCAUUGAGGUUGCUCCAAAGAGAUGGAGGUUGGAAAUUAAUUUCAGCCAAGACGCUGUACUAAUGCUCUCCUCAAUGAAUCUUCCAGAUGGCAUUCAGAGGCGGCGAACAGCAGUUGAUGAACUCAAUAUGCGAAGCAUAUUUGUGGAGAAUGAUGUCAUCUGUGCUGAAGUCCGUGGUUUCCAACAUGAUGGGAGUCUACACCUCCAAGCUAGAAGCCAAAAGUAUGGAAAGCUUGAAAGAGGGAAACUACUCAAAAUCCCUCCAUAUCUAGUGAAAAGGCGUAAACAGCAUUUCCACCAUCUAGAUCAGUAUGGAGUUGACUUAAUUUUUGGCUGCAAUGGAUUAAUUUGGGUUGGGGAACACGUUGAUGUAAAAGAUGCCAUGGUGGAGGAUCAAGUAAAUAAGUCCGAUCCACAGAACACCCAUUCAUCAAGCUUACCAGGUUCUAGUGAAGAACCAACUGAUACACCAUUGGAAAGAAGACAAUAUAUAUGCAGGAUAGCAAAUGCCAUCACUGUAUUCUCAGCUUUAGGCUUCAUGGUUAAUUUGGACUCCAUAAUGGAGACAGUUACCUUGAGCUUAUCUUUAAACCUUGGUGUACAUGAGAUGCUUGAAGCAGAAUUCCAUGUUCGAGUUGCUGAGCAAGAAGCUGAACGACGGAGCACAUCAAAAAGGAGGAGAUAGUUUACAACUCAUCAUCUACAUUUGCCUUUCUUGGAUUGUCGAUUAUGCAAAGAUAGAAGAGAUUAGGAAUCUAUUAAGCUGAAUCGGGUAGCGCUAUGUCACCCUUUAAUUGAAAAAGAUCUGUAAAAGAGUUUCCUUCUGAAUAUCCCCUUAAAUUCACACUUUUGAUUUAUGUGCAUUAGUAAGGAAUGUGCAGCUGAAGAUCAAUGUUUUUCUUCCCAACAAUGAAAUUUUUCUUAUGUUUUCACUUGCCUGUAUUGCUGGUCUUUUUACUUGUUAGUGUCUAAUGUUUUUCAGCUUGGAAA